UGAAGAGAGAAAAAAAUAUUUUAGAAAUAGAGAGAGGGACAUAAUUGUAGUUGAUUGACUGGGCUGAGCUGGGGUUCUCAGAAAACAUUUGAUUUGGAUCUGAUUUGGUACUUUGAUUGUUCCCUUUGAUUUUCAGAAGUAAGAUUAGAGAGCAUAGCAUAAAGUAACCGCCAUGGACGCUUUGAGGAAACAAGCCACCAAGUUCAGAGAGCAAGUUGCCAAACAGCAACAGGCUGUAAUAAAGCAGUUCAGCAGUAGUGGUUAUGAGAGCUCAGAUGUUGUGGUCAUUGAUGAGGUCGAAAUGCAGAGACAUCAACAGCUGGAAAAGCUGUAUAGGGCCACACGUUCAGGGAAGGACUUCCAGAAAGAAAUUGUUAAAGCAGCCGAAACUUUUACAGCUAUAGGUUACAAGCAUAUUGAGACAGGAACAAAACUUUCUGAGGAUUGCUGUAAAUAUGGAGCAGAGAACAACAGUGAGAAUAUAUUAGCUAAGGCUGCAUCUGUAUAUGGUGAUGCCCGUAAGCAUGUAGAAAAGGAGCAUGAAGAGUUAAAUCGGCUUCUAUCUACUCAGGUGUUAGAUCCUUUGAGGCAAAUGAUCAAUGGUGCACCUUUGGAGGAUGCGCGCCAUCUUGCUCAACGGUAUAGUCGAAUGAGACAAGAAGCAGAGGCACUGAGGGAAGAGAUUGCUAGAAGAAAAAUACGGGUUCGGGAAUCUCAAACUGCUGAACACGUAGCCAAACUGCAUGCUGCGGAAGCAAAGAUGCAGGAGCUGAAAGCAAACAUGGCAGUUCUAGGUAAAGAAGCUUCAGCUGCAUUGGCUGCCGUUGAAGCACAGCAGCAGAGACUUACUUUUCAAAGGCUUGUUGCCAUGGUUGAAGGAGAAAAGACUUUCCAUUUAAGAGUUGCAGCUAUUCUUGGUGAAAUUGAAGCUGAGAUGGUCUCAGACAGACAGAAGAAAGAAUCUGCUCCUCCAGUGACUAUUUCUGAGAAUGGCUCCGAGAAAACUAUGUACUUCUUGGCUGAAGCAACGCAUCCCUUCAGUGCUGAAUCAGAGAAGGAACUGAGUUUUUCAAAGGGCGAUUUUGUGGUUGUGCGAAAGGUGAACCCUUCAGGGUGGUCAGAAGGAGAAUGCAAUGGUAGAGCAGGAUGGUUUCCUUCUGCAUAUGUGGAGAAAAGACAAAGAAUCCCCUCUAGCAAUUCAGCCAGUGAAGUUUUCUAGAUUCUACUCAUCUUUUUGCUAUUCAUUCUUUAUUUCCCAUAUUGGUUUUUGCACUAUUGUUCAAAUUUGGAUAAGCAAAAGGGGUAGGAGAAGGAUAGUGAAAUUGAUGGUAGUGUUACCCCAGAAUGAAUAGAAAGAAAAAAGGGUGUUAAGCUGUGGGGUAAGAUACAUGUGGUCUGUCCUUCCUCAAGGCUGAUACUUGACACUAGCUUUGCAGACAGUUUUUCCAUAUAUAUGUAUAUUUUUUACUUUUCGGCUGCAGACACAGAUUUCCUUUUGUUCUGUAUUCAAAUUGAUUGAUUGAAAAACAUGUGUCUUUGUUGAUAUCA